AUGGGAUUCGGUGCCGCCGCCGCUCGCCCAGUCCCGGCGCCGCGCACAGCCGCGGAGGAGGCGGCGCGGCCCGGGCAGCGGCGGCGCUGCGCCCGCCGAGGGGAGGCCGAGCCUGCCAAGCUGGCGCCCGGCGGGGCCAUGGUGGCCGGUGCCCGCGGCGGCUGCGCGCAGGCGGGGGCUGCCGGGCACGGCCUCCUGGCCCUGCUGCUCGUGGUCUCCGCCCCGCUCCGGCUGCAGGCGGACGGGCCGGGUGAUGGCUGUGGGCAUGUAGUGUCCUAUCUGGACAGUGGCACCAUGGCAUCUAAGGAUUAUCCACGGACUUACCCCAAUCACACGACUUGUGAGAAGACAAUCACAGUACCGAAGGGGAAGAAGUUGAUUCUGAGGUUAGGAGAUUUGGAUAUUGAGUCCCAGACCUGUGCUUCUGACUACCUCCUCUUCACCAACAAUUCCUAUGAGUAUGGACCAUAUUGUGGAAGUAUGAAUGCUCCCAAAGAACUCUUGCUGAACACAAAUGAAAUAACUGUUCGCUUUGCGAGUGGAUCCCACACUUCUGGGCGGGGCUUUUUGCUGACCUAUGCCAGCAGCGACCAUCCAGAUUUGAUAACGUGUUUGGACCGAGCUAACCAUUUUUUGGAGACAGAAUACAGCAAAUUCUGCCCAGCUGGUUGUAGAGACAUAGCAGGAGACAUUUUUGGGAACAUGGUGGAUGGAUAUAGAGAUAACUCUCUAUUGUGCAAGGCGGCCAUCCAUGCAGGGAUAAUUGCAGAUGAACUGGGCGGUCAGAUCAGCGUGUUCCAGCACAAAGGGUUAAGUCGAUACCAAGGAAUCCUGGCCAAUGGUGUGCUCUCAAGGGAUGGUUCCCUGUCAGACAAGCGAUUUCUGUUUGCCUCCAACGGUUGCAGCACAUCCUUAAGUUUGGAAGCAGAUGGGCAAAUCAGAGAUUCUUGGCAGUGGGUCGACGAGUUUAGAGAACAAGUUCAUUGGUCUUCUGGCCACGCCCGACGUCAGGACCAAGGCCCUUCAUGGUCUUUGGGGGACAGCAGCAAGAACCACAGACAAGAGUGGCUGGAAAUAGAUUUGGGAAAGGAGAAGAAAAUAACAGGGAUUAGGACCACAGAAUCCACACAUCCAAAUUUCAACUUUUACGUUAAGAGUUUUAUGAUGAACUUCAAAAACAACAACUCCAAGUGGAGGACCUACAAAGGAAUUGUGAAUAAUGAAAAAAAGGUGUUUCGGGGCAACUUUAAUUUUCGGGAUCCAGUGAUGAACAGUUUCAUCCCUCCCAUCGUGGCCAGAUACCUGCGGGUCAUCCCCCAGACGUGGCACCAGAGGAUCGCCUUGAAGGUGGAGCUCAUCGGUUGCCCGAUUACCCAAGGUAACGAUUCAUGGGUGUGGCGCAAAACCAGUUCAGAUUCCACGGAAAGAGAAGAUGAGACAAUCACAAAACUCAUCCCCUCUGGAGAAAUGUCCACAGGAGCAAACGUCGCAAUAGUGGCUGGUCCGCUGCUGCUCCUUGCCCUGCUGAUUGUUGGAAUCUUUGCGGCUCUUAGAAAGAGGAAGAAGAAAGGAACUCCUUAUGCAUCCGCUAACGCCCCCAAAACAGACUGUUGGAAGCAGAUUAAAUAUCCCUUUGCCAGACAUCAGUCGGCUGAGUUUACCAUCAGCUAUGAUAAUGAAAAGGAGGCGACACAAAAGCUAGAUCUCAUCACAAGGGAUAUGGCGGAUUACCAGCUGCCUCUCAUGAUCGGCACCGGCACCGUCACGAGGAAGGGCUCCACCUUCCGGCCCAUGGACACCGAGGCGCAGGAGGCCGGGGCCAGCGCCGCCGAGGCCCGCAGCCACUACCGCUGCCCUCUCCCCCGCAGCCACGAGUACGCGCUGCCCUUGACCAACCCCGAGCCCGAGUACGCCACGCCCAUCGUGGAGCGGCCCCCGGCCCGCGCGCACACCUUCUCGGCGGCGCAGCGCGGCUACCGCGUGCCCACGCACCAGCACUCGCUGUCUGCCGGCAGCUCCUCCGCAGCCCCCGCCGCCGCCGCCGCCGCCGAGGCGGGCGCCACGAACCAGGGCUAUCAGAGCCCGCAGAGCCCGGCGCUCACGGGCCCCGACCCCGGCUACGAUCAGCCCAAAGCCGGGGGCUGCGUCACCGCCGAGUGUGCCGAGCCCGACUGCCCGGCCCCCGUGCACGAUGCGUACUCAGCCCCCCGAGACUGCCUCAAGCCCCUCAACCAGACGGCCGUGACCGCUCUUUUGUGAAC